AUGUCCACAUCCGUGGCUGAAGCAUGGGAGGGCUCGGCGGAUGUUCGGCGCAGAGCCAUGCAAUUUAAGAUUGUGGAUCUGGGGCACAAAAGCAAAGUUACCAGAGAGGCCAUUGAUUUGAAUGAGACCCUGUUGGAGACAGUCCUUCAACACCUGGGUUCGCGCGUUGGGGUUGAGUUGGUCUACUUCCAUUUGGAUGCCUUGUACAAGCUUAUGAAGGAAGAGUCCAGUGUGGAGGAAUCUGGCGAUGAUGAUGAUGAUUACUUGAAGGAUCCUGAUGCCAGAGGGUCUAACGACCCUCCCCCCCGCACAGCAGGCCAUCCGUCCAAAGGUGCCUCAAAGGAGACAGCGUCAGUGGGAGUGCCAGUGGAGGGUCCUGGGGUGAGUGGGGUGCGUGGUCAUGGAUCAGCAUCCACAGGUACACCAGGUGGGACACCACCCAAGCACUACCAGCACGAUUUGUACAAUGUCUUUGGCCUUGACACUGACGAGACCCAACCCAUGGAGCCUAGUCCCACACAAGUGGACGCCAUUGUUAAGACUCUUGCAGGGCCCAUGGACCCUGCUUGCAAGCGACUUGACUUUGAGGCUGCUCCUCCUUCUGAUCAUCGUGAUGGCACCAAGACUGACCACGUCAUGAACACUGAGGGGACCAUUGACAACAAGAAGUACACAGAUUGUGGUGACCAUGGUGAACUCGCGAUUGACCUUGACGAGGAGGACGAAGAUAAGGAGGCGACGGUUCAUGACAAGAAGGAUGGAAAUGCAAACCAUGUGACAACAGAGACACAUUGCCCUGGUAAAGACUUUGUACCAGCUCCUCUACCAGACAAACCUGCUUGUUUGACCAAGUCUUCGGUGGCCCCCAUCAGUCCCCAACAGCAGAUGCAAGCCGUCAAACCCAGUGGAAAGAAGGACUGCACUGAGACUGAUGAGGAAGAAGAUCGUCAGAUCAAGAAGAAGGAAGAGAGAAAAGCAAAAGCCAAGAGCCGGGCAACUGCCAGGACAGCUGCCAAAAAGAAAGCGAAAGCCAAGGCUUCCAAAACCAAGCCUUCCGUUGACUCCAGCGAUAGUGAGGAGAUUGCGACAAAAGUGACCAGGAAAUCCAAACGGGGAGAUUGUGCAGGAGAUCACCCUACCAGCAAGUCGACCAAGAAAGCCAAGACCAAGGUGGACACCAUUCCUGAGACCACAAAGGACAAGACAAAGAGUGCCAAGGUCAGAUCAAAGACCACCCCAAAGGAGAAGGCAGUUGUGACCAAAAGCAACCGCAAAAAGAACCUGCCCAAAGUGGAGACUGAGGGUGAGGGUGAUGAUGUUGUGGUUUCCAAGUCCCGGAAGAGACGUGCAGCAGCAUCAGUGGAGGACGCAGCAACUGCUUCUUCGUGUGUGGCUGCACCAGUGCCUGCAAAGAAGGGCCCCAGCACCAAGAAGAAGGACAAGACGGAGAAGAAGGACAAGACGGACAAGAAGCAUGGCAGAAAGUGCGGCAAUGGUGGUGAUGAUCCCAAUGACCCGAACCCCAAUGAUGAUGACUCGAAUGAUCCUCAGAAACUGCGCAAAGCACGAUUGAGCAGGAAGAGCGCGGCCUACCAUCGAGCCAAGAAACAUGCCUUGGACCAAGGCUACAGCACGGAGCAGGCUGUUCAGAAGGCCAAAGAAGUGACCAGGCCUAUGCAGAAACCAAUUGAUCGAUGGUUUGCCAGUUUAGCAAGGGUGCUGUUGGUGGAUGGAAGAUCACCAUGGCGCAGUGGUGUCCACACGGAUCUUCUUUUGGCAUUAGCUUGGGCUUAG